UGAUUUGUCACUCGGAGUCCAAUGAACACCACAAGAGAAAUAAACAAAACACUGUUACAUUGUAUUUACAAAAAUUCAAAAGAAUAUUGCACCCGCCUUAGAUUUGAAUCUCUCUGGUGCGAAUUUGGGUCUAAUUUAGGUUCUUAAAAAAAAAAAAAAAUUGCACCAAAACAAGAAACCAAACAUCACCACACACUAAGACAUGACGAAAUUACAAGAGAAAAAUGAAAUAAAAAUCUAAUCUAAUGAGAGAGAAAGAAAAAAUGCACAUAAAAUGAUUCUUAUGGAAAGAAUGAGCUUAACAACAUACUUUAUUACUUCCUUAAACGAAAGUUUUGAUCUUCCUCGGGCACUUCAACCUACCACCAUGAUCAUAGUGCUGUGUUUGAUGAAGAUGGUGAGACUUGAGAGUUCUGAUUUUUCAUUCCAUUUUAUUGAGAAAUGAGUCUUCUCUUCCUCUACUUUGGCUACAUACAGGUUUCGGUAAAAGUUUGAUUAUUUGCUUCCAAUUAAUUGAUGAGAUUGUAAACGGGUUCUUUGAAAUUAACAAUGGUGGCUAAUUAGUGAAGGAUGAGAAAACCGGCACGUGUUACCGUGCUGAUCACUUUGCUCAAGGACUAUUGCAAUGAGAACAUUGAGAAGCUUCAAAAGGAUCUCACAUUGUCAUCAGAAAAAACUGAAGAGCUCAAACACGUGCUUGCCGUGCUGGAUGAAUACUCAUAUCAAGAACUUGAUGCUAAGAUUAAGAAGUAUGGUAUCACUGCUCCGGAAACCAAGAAUCCCUGUCUUAUCCUUACCCUUUCAAUUUGAUGUUUAAAACUUCCAUUGGUCCCUCUGACGCGCUACUGGGUUUAUGCGUCCCGAAAGUGCACAGAGCAUAUUUGUUAAUUUCAAAGACUUGUACUAUUACAAAGGAAACAAGCUACCCUUUGCUGCUGCACAAAUUGGUCAGGCUUUUAGAUAUGAGAUAUCUCCCCGUCAAGGCCUUCUCAGAGUCUGCGAAUUUACCUUGGCAGAAAUUGAGCACUUCGUUGACCCCGAAGAUAACUUUGGCAGAAAUUGAGCCAAAGUUGCCAACUUGGAGUUUUUCAUGUUCCCGAGGGAUGAACAGCGUUCUGGUCAGUCUGCAAAGAGAAUCCGUCUAGGUGAAGCUGUUUCAAAGGGUAUUGUCAAUAAUGAGACUCUUGGUUAUUUCAUCGGGAGAGUAUAUCUCUUCUUGACGUGUCUCGGUAUAGACAAAGGCCGCUUGAGAUUUAGGCAGCAUCUUACCAAUGAGAUGGCCCAUUAUGCCGCUGACUGCUGGGAUGCUGAGAUGGAGUGUUCCUAUGGUUGGAUUGAGUGUGUUGGCAUCGCUGAUAGAUCUGCAUAUGAUUUGCGUGAAUGCAAAGGGAUCAGGAUCUGAGGAGGGAUCGGGAGAAAAAGGAGCCGUUGGAUGCUUUGUGAUAAACUUUAAAAACCAAGACAACUUGUAUUUUAGAUUUAGAUAUAUAAUAUAAAUUCAAAUUGUUUUCAUUACAUCUGGAUUCAUCAACCUUAAUGUCAAUACUUAAAGGGGGCACACUGUAUUUCAUACAAUAUAAUAGCAACUAAGGAAGUUGUCAUCUUUUAAUGUGUGGCAUACUACAUUCUCAUAAUGCUUUUAUAUUCAAUACUGCAGGAGAAAAGUGGUGUUCCGCUGGUGGCUCGUGAAAAAAUAGAAGAACCAAAGGAAGUGGAGAAAUUGGUUAUAACUCCCAUAAAGAAAGAAUUGGGCAAGGCAUUCAAAGGUAGUCAGACGAUGGUGGUUGAAGCACUUGAGGCAAUGCAUGAGAAAGAAGCAUUGGAUAUGAAGGCCGCUUUGGAAUCAAAAGGCGAGGUUGAGUUUGACGUGUGUACGCUUGGGAAAACUGUAACUAUUAAUAAGAGCAUGGUGAGCAUUCACACGGAGAAAAAGAAAGAGCAUCAGCGAGUUUUUACACCAUCUGUGAUUGAACCAUCCUUUGGGAUUGGACGGAUAAUAUAUUGCUUAUUUGAGCAUACUUUCUACACCAGGCCGAGUAAAGCUGGAGAUCAACAGUUAAAUGGAGAGCAAUAGGAAAACGGUAUGCAAGAACAGAUGAACUUGGUGUUCCCUUUGCUGUCACUGUUGAUUCAACAACGUCAGUGACAAUUCGGGAGAGAGACAGCAAGGAUCAAGUGCGUGUGGAAGUCGAAAAAGCUGCCGAUGUUAUUGGGGAGUUAACCGAAGGCCGGUGGACAUGGGAAGAUGUGUGGUCUACUUUUCGUCACAACUCCUCUACAGCUACAGACAAAUCAUUGAAAACCAAUUCACCAAUCUUGGCUGAUCUUUCUUGGUCUGAACCACACCCUACGCCUUCAAGAGAGCAAGAAGUUGUGUCAGGUUCUGACACGGCAGUAUUGUCCAUUUCAGAAGAAUCCUCACACCAUGUCCCUCCACCACAUCAAUCAACACAUAACUUGAACCCCCCUCCUCACAUUCAAUCCAAAUUGGAAGAAUUGCGUACUGUGAUCUGUGAUAGAGUUCAAGACUUGGUUGCUGAGUGGUUCACAGCCACUGAUACUUUGGUGGAUGCUACAAAAUGGGACAAUCUCAUAACUCAAAUGGAUCUUGCCCUGCAGAUUUUAAAGCACUGAGUUCUGAGGCUAUAGAAUCAAACAGAGAUGCUCACAGGCAGAAACAAGAGGAGAUAGAAGCUCAGCCGGUUAAUGUGAUUGCAAAGCAAGAGGCUAUGGAAGUUCAGCUCAAGAGUCUUGUUGCUAAAUAAAGAUGAAA